UCCGUCCCGCGCUUUGUUGCGAAAGCGAGGGGGCGAGGUUCUGGGGUGCUAGAUCGCUGCGCGACCAGACGCUGCGGGCGGGGCGGAGGAUGGAGGCUGUAGCGUCCGCUGCAACGGUUGGGGCUGCGCGUGAGAAGGUGGCGGUGUAGGCACCUGCGCUCGGGGAAGGCUGGCGGCGGCGGCCGGGCCAUGGCGGGAGACCCCCUUCUCUGGGCUCCCUGAAGUCUCGGGGAGCCGUGACCCAUGGGAUCGUUGAGCAGCCGGGUGCUGCGCCAGCCAAGACCAGCCCUUGCCCAGCAGGCGCAGGGUGCCAGGGCGGGGGGCUCGGCCCGGAGGCCGGACACUGGAGACGAUGCGGCGAGCCACGGCUUCUGUUACUGUCCGGGCAGCCACAAGCGCAAGCGGAGCAGCGGGGCUUUCUGCUACUGUCACCCUGACUCGGAGACGGACGAGGAUGAGGAGGAGGGGGACGAGCAGCAGCGGCUCCUCAACACCCCUCGAAGGAAAAAAUUAAAGAGUACAUCUAAAUAUAUUUAUCAAACAUUAUUUUUGAAUGGUGAAAACAGUGACAUUAAGAUUUGUGCUCUAGGAGAAGAAUGGAGCUUACACAAAAUAUAUUUAUGUCAAUCUGGCUACUUUUCUAGUAUGUUCAGUGGUUCUUGGAAAGAAUCCAGCAUGAAUAUUAUUGAACUGGAGAUUCCUGACCAGAACAUUGAUGUAGAAGCACUGCAGGUUGCAUUUGGUUCACUAUAUCGAGAUGAUGUCUUGAUAAAGCCCAGUCGAGUUGUUGCCAUUUUGGCAGCAGCUUGUUUGCUGCAGUUGGACGGUUUAAUACAGCAGUGUGGUGAGACAAUGAAGGAAACAGUUAAUGUGAAAACUGUAUGUGGCUAUUACACGUCAGCAGGGACCUAUGGAUUAGAUUCUGUAAAGAAAAAGUGCCUUGAAUGGCUUCUAAACAAUUUGAUGACUCACCAGAAUGUUGAACUUUUUAAAGAACUCAGUAUAAAUGUCAUGAAACAGCUCAUUGGUUCAUCUAACUUAUUUGUGAUGCAAGUGGAGAUGGAUAUAUACACUGCUCUAAAAAAGUGGAUGUUCCUUCAACUUGUGCCUUCUUGGAAUGGAUCUUUAAAACAGCUUUUGACAGAAACAGAUGUCUGGUUUUCUAAACAGAGGAAAGAUUUUGAAGGUAUGGCCUUCCUUGAAACUGAACAAGGAAAACCAUUUGUGUCAGUAUUCAGACAUUUAAGGUUACAAUAUAUUAUCAGUGAUCUGGCUUCUGCAAGAAUUAUUGAACAAGAUGCUAUUGUACCUUCAGAAUGGCUGUCUUAUGUGUAUAAACAGCAGUGGUUUGCUAUGCUGCGGGCAGAACAGGACAGUGAGGUGGGGCCUCAAGAAAUCAAUAAAGAAGAACUAGAGGGAAAUAGCAUGAGGUGUGGUAGAAAGCUUGCCAAAGAUGGUGAAUACUGCUGGCGUUGGACGGGUUUUAACUUCGGCUUCGACCUACUUGUAACUUACACCAAUCGAUACAUCAUUUUCAAACGCAAUACAUUGAAUCAGCCAUGUAGCGGAUCUGUCAGUUUACAGCCUCGAAGGAGCAUAGCAUUUAGAUUACGUUUGGCUUCUUUUGAUAGUAGUGGAAAACUAAUAUGUAGUAGAACAACUGGCUAUCAAAUACUUACACUUGAAAAAGAUCAGGUAUAUAAUGAGAAAGUCCAAAUCUGCCUCCAUCAGAAUCCUCUGUUGGUCCUUCUUGUAUCCUCUGCAGCUGAAUAGACAAUGACUAUCUUUAUCUUCUACCUGAAACUUCAUGAAAAAUACCGUCAUGGCUCAAACCCAGCCAGAGACCUAAAAAAGGACCAGGCCAAGAUAAUGGUUGUAUUCCAAUGUUCCUUCAGCAAACAUGUGUGUCCACACCAUGUGCUUGGUUCUCAGCUAGAAGAAAUAAAGACAGUCUUGUGUUAAUAUAGCCUAGUGUAAGUAGCAUGAUAGAAUUAGCUCAGAGUGUGCAGCCUUGAGGGAGAAGACUCUAACCUGUAACUGAGCAGUUGCCGCUGUUGGGGGUGGUUAUUGGAGGAGGAGGAGAAAGAAGGACAACUCAGGGAAAACAUCCUCUCCUGGAAAAGUGUUAAAGUGAAUGCAUACCUGCACCAAGCCUCAAAUGGUGAGUAAGAUGGAAGCAAGGGAAUACACGGGUCAUUCAAGGAACUGAAAGACGGUUGGAAGAGUUCAGUAUAACUAGAGCCGGGGCACAAGGGCUGUGGAUGGAGUUUGGAAGAUUUACUUUGGGAGUUGUGUAUGCGUUUUAUAUAGGUUAUAGAUGUUGUAGAAAAAUAGAAAAUAAAAGUCAGCUGAAACAACAAUCAUACAUGUACCACUCAGAUACAUUGCUGAGUUUUUUCUUCACCUGUAUCUUUUUUGCAAAAUUGGAUCACAGUAGGUUAGCUAUUUUGUAACCUGCUUUUUUUUAAUGGUGAAAAAUAUAUAUAUUUAGAAUUUGCCAGCUGGAUUCAACUUAGACGAUCCCAAUUUUUUGGCAACAUCUAAAAGCAGCAUGCUCAGGAGCCAGCUGAACAUGGGCUUUCUUCUCUCCAUCAGCCCUCAUCAUGGUGUUGAUCUUGGCCACAUCAGUGUCAUAGAGCUCCUCCACAGCCUGUUUGAUCUUAUGCUUUUUGACCUCGACAUCCACAAUGAACACAAGUGCGUUGUUGUCCUCUUCUUCAUGGCCAAGUCAGUGGUCUGGGAGAACUUGUUGGUCACAUAGUGGUCAGGCCUGGGGGAGAGGCAAAAUGGGGUCACCUGGCCUGGGCCCAGUAGAAGAAAGGCUUGGUCCUUUUUCAGAACCCAAGGCCAGGUGAGCCUAGGUGCAUCAGACAGUGAGGUAGUAAUUGUAACCUGCUUCUUUUUUUUUUUUUUUUCACUUUGUUGUACAUAGCUUUUCUUGUCAAUAAAUAUAUAGUCACAGCAUCAUUUUUAUGAACGGCAUAAUAUUAGUUGUUUUGGCUGUACCAUAAUUUAGAUAAUUCCUCUUUAUUGGAUAAAGUUGUUUCUCAUUUUUUCAUUACUAUAGGAAAUAUACGUAUAUCUUUGUCCAUCUUUAUGAUAUUUUUAAAGCAUAAAUUCCAAGAAGUAGAAUUCUUGUUGCAUGGGCAUACAAUUUUCUAAUGGCCAAAUUGCCCUCCAAAUGUGCUGUCCAAUUUAUACUUUCCCCUGGCAGCAGUACAGGAGAGUAUACCCAGUAUUGUGUCUUAUUCUUUUUCAUCUCUAUCCCAGCAUAGUAAAUGUGAAAACAAAUAUUUGUUUUAAUUUUCAUUUCUUUUUGUUUGUUUGUUUGUUUGUUUCAAGACAGAGUCUUGCUCUGUCGCCCAGGCUGGAGGACACUAAUUUUUAGUAGAGACAGGUUUUCACCAUGUUAGCCAGGCUGGUCUUGAACUUCUGGCCUCAAGUAAUCCACCUGCCUUGGCCUCCCAAAGUGCUGGGAUUACAGGUGUGAGCCACCACGCCUGGCCCUUAAUUUUCAAUUUUCAUUUCUUUGGUUACUGUAUUGUUGGGUUUUUGUAUGCUUAUUGAACAUAUCAUCUCAUGUAAACUGACAGCUUAUAUUGUUUCUGUUUAAUUUUUUAUUAAAAUGUUCUUUUUUUCUUGCUAAUUUUUAACAGCUUUUAUAUAUUAAAAAUACUAACGUUUGUGAUACUCCAUAGUUUUUACUUUUUUUUUUUUUUUUUUUAAGACAGGUCGUCACUCUGUUGCUCAGGCUGGAGUGCAGUGGUACAGUCUUGGCUCACUGCAGCCUCCACCUCCUGGGCCCAACCUUUCCACGCACCUCAGCCUCACAAGUAGCUGAGACUACAGGCUUGCACCACCAUGCCCAGCUAACUUUUUUGUAUUUUUUUUAUAGUGACGAGGUUUUGCCACGUUGCCCGGGCUGGUCUGGAAUUCCUGGGCUCAAGCGAUCCACCUGCCUCGGCCUCCCAAUGUGCAUGAGCCACCAUGCCCAGACAGUUUUUACAUUUUUGUCAUUUGUCUUUUCAACCUUCAAAACAAUCUGUCUUUUUCUUUUAUGAUUUCUUUUUUGGUGUGAUCCUUAGGAUUAUAUAAAUAGUCAUCUAUAUAUUUUUCUUUGGUGUGAUCCUUAGGAUUAUAUAAAUAGUCAUCUAUAUAUUUUUCUGUUCUUUUUAUGGCUUAAUUUUUUACUUUGGAGUAUUUGACGAUGUAUCUGAAAUGUACUGGAUGUAUCAAUGUAUUUGAAAUGCCUUAUUAUACGUGAAAUACUUUCAUUUCUGGACUUUCUGUUUUAUUGAUUUCUUUGUUAUGAAGACAAGGCAUUGUUUUAAUUAGGCUGACUUUAAAAUGCAUUUUAAUAUUUAGUAAUGCAAAACCACCUUCAUUUUUCUUUUUUCAAAAAUCUCUCAGUUCUUUGUGAAUGAUUAUUCUCCUGUAUAGGAUGUAGAAUCAUUUUGUCAAGUUUCCUUUCAAAAAUUCCUAUGGGGAUUUUAAUUUAUAUGAUUAAAUAUGUAGAGUAGUUUGUGGACAAUUGAUGUCUUCGUUUCUGGAAUAUGGUAUUUUCUACAUUUAUUUAGGUCUUCUCUUAUAUCUGUCUCUAAAAUUUGUAGUUUUUCCCAUAUUAUUCCUGUAUAUUUCCUGGAAGUAUAAUGCUUAGUAUUUUACAUUUUUUUUUUUUUUUUUGAAAUGGAGUCUUGUUCUGUUGCCAGGCUGGAGUGCAGUGGUGUAAUCUCACCUCACUGCAACCUCUGCCUCCCGGGUUCAAGUGAUUCCCCUGCCUCAGCCUCCCAAGUAGCUGGGAUUAUAGGCACAUGCCACCACGCCCAGCUUUUUUGUAUUUUAGUUGAGAUAGGGUUUCACUCUGUUGGCCAGGAUGGUCUCGAUCUCCUGACCUCGUGAUCUGCCUGCUUCAGGCCUCCAAAGUGCUGGGGUUACAGGUGUGAGCCACUGCACCCAGCCAGUAUUUUACAUUUCAAUUGCUAAUAUGAAAUGUAUCAUUUGUUCUAAUAGUUUUUGAUAAUGUAAGAAAGUUAGUGAUUUUUGUAUAUUUACUUUGUAACUAUCCAUCUUAUAAGACCAUGCUAAAUGGAUUUUCACUGUAGAAGGUUCCCUCAGACAGCAAUGUGUAGGAAGGAUUAAAGAUAUAAUAAUGGCAAUAAAACAAUUUAUGAUUAUAUAGCUAUAAUUCAGAUUAAAAGUGAUGAGAACCUUGAAUGUAGCAAUGAAGAUGAAAAUAUUGAUGGGUUCUGGAAAUAAAGUGGUGCAAUUGA